AUGGCACAAAAUGAAAAAUUUCUUUAUCGACAAGGUGAUAGAAUUCUUUGUUUUCACGGACCUAUGAUAUAUGAGGCCAAGAUUUUAGACAAAGUUUACCAACAUCCAAAGUCAGGAGAUUCAGGUCCACAUUAUUUAAUACAUUAUAAAGGAUGGAAGAAUACUUGGGAUGAGUGGGUAGCCGAAUAUAGAGUAUUGCCAAUUAACGAAGCAAAUUUAAGUAAACAAAAACAAAUAGAAGAAUCUAUGACAAAAAAAAAUAAACCAUCAGCAAAAAAAAUCGUACAAGAUCCUUCUGUGGAAAAAGGCAAAAAGAGGAAAAGAGAUCUUUCCUUAGAUAAAGAUGAUAAUGUUAAGAAGCCUAAGGUUAUAAUUUAUAUGCCUGAAUCACUUAGGAUACUUUUAGUACAGGAUUGGGAAAACAUAAAUAAGUCACAAAUGUGGGUGCCAUUGCCACGUAAACCUUCAGUGACUGAUAUAAUAAGCAAUUAUAAAUCUUGGAGACAUGAGAAAAAUAAAGACAGCUUUGACGGUAUUGCUGAAGAAGUUGGUAAAGGUGUAGGUUUUUAUUUUAACAAAUGCUUAGGAACUCGGCUUUUAUAUCAGUCAGAAAGAAAUCAAUAUAAAGAAAUUCGUUCUAAAUUUGAAAAUUUGGAAAAUACCCAAAUUUAUGGAGCUGAACAUUUAUUAAGAUUAUUCG